GGAGCGAGAAAAACCUCCGCACCAUAGAGUUCAGUUCCUAGCUGGGCCUCCCAUCCCUCCACUUCCGCUUGACCGCCUAAAACCGCGCCUGCGCACUUGGCCACUUCCUCUUUGGGCUUGGAUCUAGGUUGCUGCGUCAUGGCGAAACGCACCAAGAAGGUCGGAAUCGUGGGCAAAUACGGGACCCGUUAUGGUGCCUCCCUCAGGAAAAUGGUGAAGAAAAUUGAAAUCAGCCAGCACGCCAAGUACACUUGCUCCUUCUGUGGCAAGACCAAGAUGAAGCGACGAGCUGUGGGCAUUUGGCACUGUGGUUCCUGCAUGAAAACGGUAGCUGGUGGUGCCUGGACCUACAACACCACUUCUGCCGUCACAGUAAAGUCUGCCAUCAGAAGACUGAAGGAAUUGAAGGACCAGUAGAAGCGCCACCAUUUGAUACGUUGCUAGCCUAUAAUAAAUGGGUUAAUUUAUGUAACAAAAUUACUUUGGUUUGUUGUUAAUUCUAUUGGUUAGACGUUCUUAUUUGCAUUGCAUUAAUUUGCUUUCUAAAAAAGGACUUGGAUAUUAAAAUUCUUCUAAUUUUUGUUGGAAAAACAUGCUGA